UCUUAUAAUCAAUUAUGUGAUAUACCUGAAUCAAUUGGCUUUUUAUAUCAACUUGAAAUACUUGUUCUUUCACAUAAUCAAAUUCAAUCUAUACCGGACACAAUCGGUCUACUUUCUCAGUUAUAUGAAUUGGAUUUAUCUUAUAAUCAAAUUCAACAAUUAACACCUUUUACAAGUCAAUUAAAAUCAUUACAUGUCUUUGAUAUCAGUCAUAAUAGACUUGUGACUUUAACUUCUCGUAUUGGUGAAAUACAAACAUUAGCCUCCCUUGAUAUCUCUUAUAAUAAUCAAUUAAACUAUUUACCUGCUGAAAUUAUUCAAUUGCCCUCUCUACGCCGACUUGAUUUAGAUGGAUGUGUAUCGUUCAGCCUUCAUCAUCACCACCACCACCACCUGAAACAUGAUCCACCUAGUCUAUUAGAGACCUGCGCUCGAUAUAUUGUAAGGAAUGAAGAUCAAUUUGUAUCAAAUGAUUCACACAGCAUUCAAUCAAAAAUAACGACCAGACUCUUUAACUAUCUUUGUCAAUAUGAACGAUGCAGUCAUUGUCAUCUACCUUAUUUUGAAAGCUAUAUAUCAAAGAUACGUUGGAUUGAAAGGAAUGAGACGAUGUGGAUUCCAAUCGAAUAUCGAUUAUGUUCAGCUCAUUGGAUAGAUGAAAGGGAUCGUUUAUAUACUACCUUUUCAACUAGU